AUGAUGGAGGAAUUUUCCGAAGAGCUUGAGCCCUUAUUCGAUUACAGACGUGUUCAGCCUCUCAAUGUCGUUUACCUUGAUGACGAUGAUUUAGAUGCUCCCUCAGCUUCUCCUCCAAAAAGGAGGAAGAUUUCCGAUUCUGCGGUUGAAAAGGUUGAUGCCACUGUGAAGGCAGUAAAUGUUAUUGAUUGUGGUGAUAAGGAAGAGGAGGAUUGGUUCCCUCCUCCGCCCAAGGUUUCCCUUGACGCAAAGCUGCGGGGUGAGGAUUCAACGUUAAAGAAGCAAGAGCUGGCAUCACUUGCUCAAUCAGCUGAAAACGUGAUGCGAGCUGUAGAGGAAUCUGUAAAAAGAGAACUUAGUGAUCAUUGGAGGCUGUUGCCGAAAAACCCUCAAAGCCCCGUUGUGAAAGAAACAAAAUUGUUUUAUCUAUUCAAGACAAAGAUGGAGCUAAGCAAUUUCGUAUUUACGUGGAGUUAUGAGAGGCUGUUCAUAUAUAAAUCUAAUCAAGGGGUUCAGCAAUGGACAGGUUUUCUCAAAACAGAACUUCCUUGUGCCUGUUUUGGUACAUUUUCUGCAUAUUUUCCUUCUCAUCUUGUGGAUCACUUUAUAUUUCAUAUUGUGAUUAAUCAAGUUGAAUACAUGGACGACAAGUUUGAGCGGCUCUUCAAAAUGUAUGCAGAUAAAGCUAAGCUUGACCUUAAGAGUUUGGUGUUUUGUUUUGAUGGGGACAAAAUAGGUCCAGCUGCUACACCUGAUGCCCUUGGCAUGGAGGACAAUGACAUCAUUGAAGUGCAUGUUACCUCGAGCUGA